GCCUUCAAGCAGGUCUGAGGCGCUACCCUUCCUUCCCCCCACCCCUUUCCCUUCCCCUUUCCUGCUGGUCCUUUGGCAUCUUCCAGACCAUGUCCACUGGGUCCCUCAGUGAUGUGGAAGAUCUGCAGGAGAUGGAGAUGCUGGAGUGCGAUGGCCUGAAAAUGGAUACCAACAAAGAGUUUGGGGCUUCCAACGAGAGCAACGAGGAAGGAUCCAAUGGCGAGAACGGCUCGCCUCAGAAGGGGAGAGGCGCCUCGGGCAAGAGGAAAAAAGCUCCCCCCAAGAAGAGUCCUUUAAAUGGAGUGAGCCAGGAGGGAAAGCAGGUCCAGAGAAACGCUGCCAACGCCAGGGAGAGAGCGAGGAUGAGGGUCCUUAGCAAAGCCUUCUCCAGGCUUAAGACCACCCUGCCCUGGGUGCCCCCCGACACCAAGCUUUCCAAACUGGACACCUUGAGGUUGGCCUCCAGCUACAUUGCUCACCUGAGGCAGAUCCUGGCCAACGACAAGUAUGAGAACGGCUACAUCCACCCGGUCAACCUGACUUGGCCUUUUAUGGUAGCCGGCAAACCCGAGAGUGACCUGAAGGAAGUGGUGAGCACAAACCGCCUGUGCGGCCCGACGGCGUCCUGA